AUGGCCAGCAAUCCCUCAUACCUUAUUAUCGGCGCCGGUGUCUUUGGUGUAUCAACCGCCUACCACCUCAUACAAAAGUAUCCUAAUGCAUCUAUAACUCUGGUUGAUCGGGAUGCAUAUGAUGCUGAGUCGCGCGUGGCUGCAUCAUGGGAUUGGAACAAGGUCGUCCGUGCUGAUUACGACGACAAGGUCUACUGUAGACUUGCUCUUGAAGCUCAAGAUAUUUUCAAAUCCGAUCCUCUUUGGCAGCCACACUUUCACCAGACAGGUGUUUACUGGAAUUGCCGCAGCGACUAUGCGCAAAAUGUGAUCACAAACCACAAGGAACUUGGCCGCAAUGAUGAUAUUAUUGCUCUCCCUGUUGCCGAAGCUAGAAAGCUUUAUGGAGGAAUCUUCAAUAACGCUGACUACACCGGUGUCAAAGAGGUUCUUGUGAACAGGGCUAGUGGUUGGGCUGCCGCUGGAGAUGCUCUUCGAGCAGUGACAAAAAGAUGCCUAGAAUUGGGCGUAUCAUACGUCACUGCAUCCGUUACUAACCUUGAAUUCGAUGGACAAGGCUCCUGUACCGGUGUUAAGACACGAUCUGGAGAGACUUUGUUAGCCACACAUGUUAUUGUCGCUGCUGGGGCUUUCACACCGACAUUGCUGGAGUGGAGUGCUGCCAAGAGUGGCAACCCCGGGCUACGAGCUGGAGAGCGAAUUGUCGCGGCUGGUAUUACGACCGGAAUGGCACAGCUCAACGAGGAGCAAUACAAAAAGUUCAAAGACAUGCCUGUUGGCUUCCAGGGCUACACACCGGCUGAAGGCAAACCAUUCAUUGGUACCCUUCCUCCUACUAAAGACCGAGAGCUCAAGUGGUGGGGAUCUAAAAUUUUCACAAACACCCGAGAAGUACUCCCCGGACAUCACAUCUCUUCUCCGCCGCCCACGCAUGACUAUAACCAGUGGAAGGUCCCAGGACCUCUCAAGCAAGAUAUUGUAGAAGCGAGGAAUCUGUGGUAUGGGCCCGAAAGCGCAACCUGGGAGAUGACGAAACACCGCAUUUGCUGGGACGCUUUCACCACUACCUCGGACUUCAUCAUUUCACCCCACUCCGCCUCCAAAGGACUAUAUAUCGCCACUUGUGGUUCGUUCCAUGGAUACAAGUUUUUCCCCGUGCUUGGCAAGUACAUCACGCAGAUGCUUGAGGGGAAAUUGGCGCCUGAAUUGAUGGGGAAAUGGGCAUGGGAUCGACAGAGACCUGACUCGUCUCAAAAUGACACAAUUUCUGCUCUCAUCAACUCUUCUAUCGAUCUGCUGGCCGAGAAAGCUGGAGACACAGGCGACAGCCUCAUCGAUAAGCUGGACGGCACUGCAAAGCAUCUGAGAGAAGGCACGAAUCCAAGCGUGGAUGCAAACUUGUUCUCACCUAAUGGCUCCGACAAAUCUCUCGACUGGUUGUCGUGCAAUACCUCAGUUAUGUGGGCCGGAGAGAGAUUGAAAAAUGGCGGAAUGGCGAAUAUGUCUGGAGAUGACGCUGGCUCCCUACCCGUACAUCCCGAGCUAACUAAAUACUGGAAAAGCACCAUCCCCCAUGCGCAAAAGAUACAGCCGCACAUCAACGGCCUCGCUAGUUCAUUCAGCGAUAGUUGGAAAAAUAAAAGCUCCGUCUCAUCAGGUGAGGCUUUGGAACCCGUACCCGAUUUUGCGGACAACUGUCCUGAUGCUCUGAAAUCAAAUGCUGCCGAAUUUCUUCACGGGAUACAAUUCGUCCUCGAGCAUUUUACCAAGUACGGCAACGCGAAGAUUUCCAUUCCUGUGAUCAGUGGCUUAUACAAGUCUCUGGUCGGUCAUGACCUAACGGUGUUUGAUGCCAUCUCGCUGAUCAUUGGCAUUGUCACUAAUACCAUCACCACUAUCAUCACCGGGUCACCGCCUCCAAUUAUCGCUGGUCUAGAAAAGUCCGACAAUCCUACUCAAUAUGAGUCAGGCAAGCCUGGCUCACGUAUGUCAGACAGGCUUAUUGAUAUCCUUAUCGGCUCCAACAAGGUCGACCCGAAAGUCCUUCAAGCAUUCAAGACGUUCGUGAGCGGGGCGCUGGUCGCUAAAUCGGUCUUCGAUCGAAUCAUCGGCACUAUUAAAUGGCUGAAAAGGAUAACGUCAGAAGGUCUUGCCGAAAAACCAAACAUUGGUUUUGGAGACUGUUUCGAAGCUAUAUGUCUAGGCAUUGGUACCAUUGCCUCAUUCCCAACGAAUCGGAAGAUGCCCGCAUUUGAUAUCCGGAAGGUGAUUUGUUGUUUCGAUCUCAUCAAAAACAUUGCUCAUAUCUACGCUGCAUGUAUGUCCUCGGUCAAGGAACUUGCUGAGGUCAUGAGCGUCGACUUGUUUGUGGUGCUGAUCGAUACAGGAGUGAGUGUCAUAACGUCAGGUCUCGGUAUAAUGGCCGGGGCGCUUGAAUUGGACACGCCGUCGUGGAAGGAUUACAACGUUGCAGUUUCUACUGCUGGGAUUGUGAAAUGUGUGUUUUCUGCUACUGGAAGUAUCGCUUAUUUCCUGGUUUACCUUGAACCCAAGAACCUAGAAGUUAGUUUGCCCAGUGCUGGGAUAUGGCAGGCCACAUCGGCUGGCAAGGUCUGGCUGGAGUGCUUUAAGUGGACGGUGGAGCGUCAUGAGGCAUGA